AUGUGUGAGAGCUAUGCCCGCUCGCUGCUGCGUGUGUCGGUGGCGCAGAUCUGCCAAGCGCUGGGCUGGGAUGCGGUGCAGCUCACCGCCUGCGACCUGCUUUCCGAUGUUCUGCACAGAUAUAUCCAGCAGUUGGCCAGGGGUUGUCAUCGAUAUUCGGAGCUCUGUAAGUACUGUAUUUCCGACAUGUCUACUUGACGUGAGUGAUCUGGCUAGGUAUUGGAUCACGUUGUUUAUUCCCGGCUCGGUGACUAGCGCCCCCUCCAAUCGAGGCCUAACGUUAGUGCUAAUAGCUUGUCAGAGACAUGUACAGUAAAGAUAGCCUAGCUGCUAACCAACUAUGUUAGUUAGCCACAUGAUGUAAUCAAUGACCAGACUUAGUUAUGUUUGCGAGUGUACAUUUUCUAAGUAUUGCAUGUAUGUAUCUGUGUAGUUAGCUCAAUUGUGUACAUUUUGUAUGUUUUGGCCAUGUGUAUUUGUGUUUCUCAGUUGAAACCGGUCAUGCUGUGUCUGAAAUGGUUAGCUCAGAUGUCAACAUAGGGGAGUGUUCAACAUGGGAGAGAAGGAACCCAGUGUGGUAUCUAAUUUAGAAUUGACUUUUAAGAAAAUACUAUCCUAGAAAUGUAGUAGGUUUGUCAAUAAUUGUCACGUCUUUCCCUUGGGGAUAAAAUUACAGAAAAUCAACUAUUUGCUGAAGACAUAAUAGCUAAUGGUUUAGCUAAUCUUCAUUUUGGCUCAAUCAAACCAUGAUUAAGAAAGAGGAUGAUCCAUAUGACAAAGGAUAUACUGUAUGUAAGUCCUUGCAUGAAAUUAUCCUUGUUGUCCAUUCAGUCUCACUCCUUGGGUUUGACCCUUAGUAAGAUACAUGUUAAAGAAGACCUUUCGGUGCGAUGUCUCAUGCAUACUCCUGUUUAUUUCCUAGAUGGGCGAACAGACCCAGUGCUGGACGACGUAGGCCAGGCAUUCAGGCUGCUGGGGGUGAGUCUGUCUGAGCUGGAGGACUAUGUCCACAACCUGGAGCCUGUAGGCUUCGCCCAGCAGACGCCCCUAUUCCCCCUAAGCAAGAACAACGUGCUGCAGUUCCCUCAGCCUGGAGUGGGGGUCCGGGGGGACGCAGAGGAGAGGAAGGACUAUGUUCCAGAUUAUAUGCCACCCUUGGUCUCACUACAGGAAGGUAAGGGCUGUAGCAUUAUGUGUGUGUGUUUGUGUGGCACAACUUACCUCUAUGAAGAACAGUUGUGCAGUGUAUAGAGAAUGUCAUGAGAUAGGGAGUGUGUGUAUGCUUCUGUUUGUAUUUGUGUGUUAAUGGGGUUUUGAUAGACAGAUGGUUUUUAUCUUCCUCCUUUAAUUCAAUGCCAAUCAGACCCUGGAAGACUGAGUGAUUGAUUAACUCAGUGUUCUCUUUCACCUGUAGAAGAGGAGGAGGAGGAAGCCCUGGCUGACAUGGGCACCUCUGCCGAGGCCAUGCAGGUCCCGCUGGACGAUACCGAUGAGGAUAUGGAUGAUGACGAGGCAGUGAAUGAUGAGAACCACCCUGUGAAGAGACACCUGGACAGCCCCGACGCUGCCAUGGGUAUGAUGCCCACCUCCAAGAGGCCUCGCAUGCACCCUGGCUUCAGCCCCGACUGGAGCAUGGAGCCCAGGGAGCCCCUCACCUCCCUCAACCCCCAACGUGUUCCUCCAGGCAUGAUGGCCUCUCACUCUCAUGACAGCCUGGGUUCAAUGUCUCUGUCCCCUGAGACACCUGGGCCUCCAACGUCAUUCAGACCCCAGCCGGUGACCCCCGGGAGACACUCGGAUCAUAAGUCUCAUGGCGGUCAAGGCCGCAAAGGGCCAAAAGGCUCAUCCCCUGGCAGGCCACGGACUAAGUCCCCCAAGGGGGUCAAUGCUGGUGGGGCUAUGUCAGGCAGCCCCAUCUGCUCGCCCAAAUCUUCCAAGGAAAGGAAAAAGUCCCCUGGCCAGACCAAGAGCCCUAAAAGUCCCAAGAGCCCCAAGAUGGGCUCUGGAGCCAAGUCUGGGUCUCACCCCCAGGGCAAGUCGGAGGCUCAGGCCCUUGGCCUACAGAGGCUGCCACUGUCAGCCCUCAGUGAGAGGAUGGGGAAGGAGAACAUCCACGUGCAAAGCCUGGAGGACCACGAGCUGGCGGGUUUCAUCUCAGGUAAACUCGUCGAACCUGGCACCGACAACGCCGAUAUCAACGACUCCAUCGACGCUGUGAUCGCCAGGGCGUGCGCCGAGCGGGAGCCCGACCCCUUCGCCUUCUCGUCGGGCUGCGAGUCGGAGAGCGAUGGCUUCUCCUCUCCCCGGAGGCUCACUAUCAUGGAGCCAGGAGGAACGCCUAAGCUCUCACUGGAUGCCAACAGCCUUGGUAAAGACACGUCCACGCCACUACAACUCAGCACAGGUGGCGGCCCCGGGAACUGGACCAUGGACGACUCCAUCAACGAGGUCAUACGCAAGGUGAACCAGGGGGGUCCCUCGGCAGGACAACCCCAGGACGAAUCGUACCUCACCUCAGCGUCCGCCUCGCCCCCGACCCCGGAACCCCUCCUCAAGAUGUACCAGGAGAAGAACAAGCUCGUCUCCUCGGCUGACAUCAAGAAGAAACUGAAGAAGGAGCUCAAGACAAAGAUGAAGGAUAAAGGAGAGAAACCAAAAGAUAAAGAGAGGGAUAAGAACAGGGGGAAGAUGAAAGAGAAGAACAAGGAUAAGAACAGGGGGAAGAGCAAAGAUUCUUUCUCCAAAGAGGCCAAGAUGCCAUGGAAGGACAUUGGAAACAAGGACGACCUCGGGGAACACUUCCAGGGUCAGAGGUCAGGGUUCGGCAGUCCGGAAGGAUCCAUGAUCAAGAUCAAGUCCCGAGAUGGAGGGGAUGGCAGCGGCAAGAAGGAGAAGGACAAACAGAAAGACAAGAAGAAGGACAAGGAGAAGAGCAAGAAGGACAAAGACAAGCGGGACAAAGGUAAGGACAGGCAGAAGAUAUCCUCCCUCACCCCAUUCAGUUUGGGUGACAUUCCUGUCCGGUUCAGCCCGUCCACGUGUCUCCGCAUCCCCUCCAUGUUGCCCCCUCUUCCCCCCAUCCUCCAGGACAAGGAUGUGAAGAGCAAGGAGAAGGACAAGAAGAAAGACAAGAAGAAGAAGAAGAAGAAAGAUAAAGACAAGGAGAGGGAGAAGGAGAGAGAUAAAGAGGAGAAGAAGCGAGAGAAGGAAAAAGAGAGGAUCAGGCUAGAAAAGGUAACUUGUCUUUUCCCAGUAUUGGUUUGUAGUGUAGCGUUUUAUAAAACAUUAGUGAAGCAUCUUACACACACACACAAUAACACGUUUCUUCUUCUUCUUCUUCUUCUUCUUCUUCUUCUUCUUCUUCUUCUUCUUCUUCUUCUUCUUCUUCUUCUUCUUCUUCUUCUUCUUCUUCUUCUUCUUCUUCUUCUUCUUCUUCUUCUUCUUCUUCUUCUUCUUCUUCUUCUUCUUCUUCUUCUUCUUCUUCUAGGUGAGGGUGGAGACUCCAGUGACUGUCCCGUCUCCUGUCAUCCCCAGGCUGACCCUGAGGGUGGGGGCUGGACAGGACAAAAUGUAAGUUUCUCAAUUCAAAUCAAUACAACUUUAUUAGUCCAUUUACCGUGCAUUUGGAAAGUAUUAAGACCUCUUGACCUUUUCCACAUUUUGUUACGUUACAGCCUUUUCCUAAAAUGGAUUAAAAAAUAUCUAUAUAUCAUCAUCAAUCUACACACAAUACCCCAUAAUGACAAAGCGAAAAGUUUUUAAAAUUGUAGCAUAUGUAUAAAAACAUAAAUACCUUAUUUAUGUAAGUAUACAGGCCCUUUGCUGUUUGUAUUUAUUAGGGAUCCCCAUUAGCUGCUGCCAAGGCAGCAGCUACUCUUCCUGGGGUCCAAACAUAUUAAAGCACUUACAUUACAUAUAAAACAGUAUUCCAAACAGACAACUUAGUACAUUCAGCUUGUCAACACCUCUUACAAAAACAAGCAGUGAUGAAGUUAAUCUCUCUUCCACUCUGAGCCAGGAGAGACUGACAUGCAUGUCAUUAAUGUUGGCUCUCCGUGUACUUUUAAGGGGCAGCCGUGCUGCCCUGUUCUGAGCCAACUGCAAUUUUCCCAAGUCCCUCUUUGUGGCACCUGACCACACUACUGAACAGUAGUCUAGGUGCUACAAAACUAGGGCCUGUAGGACCUGUUGAUAGUGUUGUUAAGAAGGCAGAGCAGCGCUUAAUUAUAGACAUACUUCUCCCCAUCUUAGCUACUGUUGUAUCAAUAUGUUUUGACCAUGACAGUCUACAAUCCAGGGUUACUCCAAGCAGUUCAGUCACCUCAACUUGCUCAAUUUCCACAUUAUUCAUUACGAGAUGUAGUUGAGGUUUAGGGUUUAGUGAAUGAUUUUUCCCAAAUACAAUGCUUUUAGUUUUGGAAAUAUUCAGGACUAACUUAUUCCUUGCCACCCAUUCCGAAACUAACUGCAACUCUUUACGUUUUGCAGUUAUUUCAGUUGCUAUAGUAGCUGACGUGUAUAGUGUUGAGUUAUCCGCAUACAUAGACACACUGGCUUUACUCAAGAUGAACGGAGCAAAGUACAUUGAGAUCCUUGAUGAAAACCUGCUCCAGAGACCUGAAAAUAGCUGUGCAGCUACGAUCCCCAUCCAACCUGACAGUGCUUUAGAGGAUCUGCAGAGAAGAAUGGGAGAAACUCCCCAAAUACAGGUGUGCCAAGCUUGUAGCGUCAUAUCCAAGAAGACUCAAAGGCAGUAAUCGCUACCAAAGGUGCUUCAACAAAGUACUGAGUAAAUGGUCUGAAUACUUAUGUAAAUGUGAUCUUUCCGUAUAAUAUAUAAUAUAUUUUUUUUAAUCCUGUUUUUGCUUUGUCAUUAUGGGGUAUUGUGUGUAGAUUGAUGAGGGGAAAAAAUGAUUUCAUCCAUUUUAGAAUAAGGCAGUAACAAAACAAAAUGUGGGAAAGGUCAAGGGGUCUGAAUACUGUAAAUGUCCCUUUUUGGGCGACCCGACCAAAUUCCCAUUGAAAUGUGAGUUGUACAUCUGUCAUUUGCAUUGAGCGAGUCUAUGAAGCGGUAGAUAUGUUCUAUGUGCGCUAUUUCUAUACUUCCUGUUCUUAAGUUUCGUUUUUGCGUCUUUUACUUUCGAUUUUGUACACAAGCUUCAAACAGCUGAAAAUACAAUAUUUUUGGUUACUGAAAAUAUAUUUCACAGCGGUUUAGAUAGUACAAUGAUUCUCUACACUAUACAUUGCUUGAAAUUAUGUGAACUAUUAGAAUUUUAGCAACCAGGAAAUGGCUGAGCAAUUUCUACAUAUUGUACCUUUAACUUAAUUUGGCUGCAGCAUACAGCUGCAUCAAACAUGUACAGCACACACUGACACAGGAACACCUAUAUACAUAGAUGUACAAAACAAGUGCUGUGUCUGGUCCUAUGUGGUUCAGGGCCUCUGUAUUUUUUACUCGCAUGAAGUCAUUUCUCAUUGGCUCUGAUCUCUCUCUCUCUUCUCUCUCUCUCUCUCGCUCUCUCUCUCUCUCUUUCCAUCUCCAGAGUUAUCAGCAAGGUGGUUCCGAAUUCCGAGCCACCGCCCAAGAUUCCAGCACCCAAGACCCCCACCACCAAAUCUGGUCCCGGCAGUCGCCUUCAGCUGCCGCCACCUCCUCCAAUCCUCCCCCCAAUACCCUCGUUGGCACCUCCUGCAUCCCAUCUUCCCCCUGACAACCCUCCCCCUGCCAUGCUGUCACCUGCAUCAAUGCUGUCCUCCGGCAAAACAUUUGUACGCAGCGUGGUCACUGAAACUGUCAGUACAUACGUGGUGAGUCCCACCCCACUUAAUUACUCAUCUAUCUCUCUUGACUAUUCUGUCUAUUCCUGAGGGUCCCAGACCCCCUUUAUCACUCAUGCAUAUCUCAUGUCUAUCUACUCCUAUCUGUUUGAAAUAUGUUUUAUUGAAGAGCACAACUGCAGCAUACAUAGUCUUGAGAGUGUUCUCCAUUGCUCUGGAUAGUAACAGGUAAUGGAUAUACACUGAGUAUACCAAACAUUAAGAACACCUCACUAAUAUUGAGUUGCACCCCCUUUUGCCCUCAGAACAGCCUCAAUUCAUCGAGGCAUGGACUCUACAAGGUGUCGAAAGCAUUCUACAGGGAUGCUGGCCCAAGUUGACUCCAAUGCUUCCCACAGUUGUGUGAAGUUGGCUGGAUGUCCUUUGGGUGGUGGACCAUUCUUGAUACACAUAGGAAACUGUUGAGCAGUGUUGCAGUUCUCGACACAAACCGGUGCGCCUGGCACCUACUACCAUACCCCGUUCAAAUGCACUUAAAUCUUUUGUCUUGCCCAUUCACCCUCUGAAUGGCACACAUACACAAUCCAUGUCUCAAUUGUCUCAAGGCUUAAAAAUCCUUCUUUAACCUGUCUCCUCCCCUUCAUCUACACUGAUUGAAGUGGAUUUAACAAGUGACAUCGAUAAGGGAUCAUAACUUUCACCUGGUCAGUGUCAUGGAAAGAGCAGAUGUUCUUAAUAUUUUGUCCACUCGGUAUACAUAGGCAUACAUAAUAAACAUUUUUAAUUUAUGCGAUGCAUAUUCUGUCUUGUUGCUAACACGUUGUUUCCCCUGUAGAUCCGUGAUGAGUGGGGAAGCCAGAUAUUCUACUCCUGAGUGUGUUGUUGCUAAGAUGUUGUUUCCCCUGUAGAUCCGUGAUGAGUGGGGAAACCAGAUCUGGAUCUGUCCUGGCUGUAACAAACGUGACGACGGUAGUCCCAUGAUCGGCUGUGAUGACUGCGAUGACUGGUACCACUGGUAAGAGAGAGGUUUGGAUUAAUUAAUCCAUCCAUCCAUUAAUUCAUUCAUUUGUUUAUUCAUUCAUUCAUUUACUCUGGUUCAGUCCAGCUGAUAUGACUAGUUAUUGCUGUAGAACCAUAGUGAGGAACAUUGACUAGUUAUUGACUAGUAGUCAAUGUUCCUCACUAUGGUUCUACAGUAAUAACUAGUCAAUGUUCCUCACUAUGGUUCUACAGUAAUAACUAGUCAAUGUUCCUCACUAUGGUUCUACAGUAAUAACUAGUCAAUGUUCCUCACUAUGGUUCUACAGUAAUAACUAGUCAAUGUUCCUCACUAUGGUUCUACAGUAACUAGUCAAUGUUCCUCACUAUGGUUCUACAGCAAUAACUAGUCAAUGUUCCUCAUUUCCCAGUAAUAACUAGUCAAUGUUCCUCACUAUGUUAAUAACUAGUCAAUGUUCCUCACUAUGGUUCUACAGCAAUAACUAGUCAAUGUUCCUCACUAUGGUUCUACAGCAAUAACUAGUCAAUGUUCCUCACUAUGGUUUCUACAGCAAUAACUAGUCAAUGUUCCUCACUAUGGUUCUACAGCAAUAACUAGUCAAUGUUCCUCACUAUGGUUCUACAGCAAUAACUAGUCAAUGUUCCUCACUAUGGUUCUACAGCAAUAACUAGUCAAUGUUCCUCACUAUGGUUCUACAGCAAUAACUAGUCAAUGUUCCUCACUAUGGUUCUACAGCAGUAACUAGCCAAUGUUCCUCACUACGCUGGGGAAAGCUGAUCCUCUCUAACUAUCCCUUUUUGAUCCCUUCUUUUUAUCACUCACUGAUUCCGUCUUUCUCCCCCCAGGCCUUGUGUCGGGAUGGUCUCAGCCCCUCCCGAGGACCAGCAGUGGUUCUGUGUGAAGUGUGCCGGCAAGAAGAAGGACAAAAAACACAAGAAGAGGAAACACAAAGCGCAUUGA